GCAUGUAGAAGGCCCACAGACUAGGGGAGAAGUUCCGAAUGUCACGUGACCCACUAUGCCCUCCGGCGCCCUGUUUUCACCGCGGCGUCCGUCUAUUUGCUCUAUUUCAAACUUCCGGCACAAGUGCGUGGCGCGGUCCCGUGUUGAGCGUUGCUCAAGCAUUACACCAUUUUAUAACAGUAAACAAAGUACCCAUCAAACAUGAAUAUGGAUCCUGAGGAAGACGAAGAUGAGUUGGAGUACUAUGUAACGUUUCCCGCAGCAGUUUCACCAGAGUUCAAUGAAGAUACUUAUGGAGAAAGUGAAAGGGAGCCAGUUGUUUUCCUUUUUGGCUGGGCAGGCUGUGAGGAUAGACACCUGUCCAAAUAUGCAGAGAUGUAUAAGGAUCUGGGAUGCGUCACCAUCCGGUACAUCAGUCCGACCAACUACAUCUUCUUCACGCCGCGCGAGCUGCUGGACGUGUCGGACCAGCUGAUCGACCUUAUCACCGACCUCACGCUCGAGGUGCACCCGGUGCUCUUCCACUGCUUUAGUAACGGCGGCGCGCUCGUCUACCGGUGCCUGACGCGCCGGCUGCGCGAGCGGCGCCUCUCGCUGGACGUGCGCGGCGCAGUGUUCGACAGCGGCCCGAUCCGCCGCCGCGUCACCAGCGGAUGGAGAGCCAUCCACCAGUGCACCAAAGGAGCGGCCUGGUACCGGUGGUUCCUGGCCUGUCUGUUCGUGCUGCUGGUGCUGUGUCGCUACCUCUGGUGGUGCACGCUCGGCUCCGCGGACACGGACACACACCCCUGGAGUCUGCUCGAGUGUCCGGACCGCUGGCCGCAGCUGUUCAUCUACUCGGACAAGGAUGACAUCACACCGGCGCAGGACGUGGACCAGUUUAUGGCCGGUCGGCGGGCGCGCGGUGUUGAGGUCUCCAGUCGCCGGUUCGCCGACUCGCCCCACGUUCAGCACUACCGCUACCACCGCGAGGAGUACUGCGCGGCCGUCUCGGCCUUCCUGGGCAGGGUGUGCGGCCCCGGCUCGGCCGGCUCCCGGCCCCGCUCCGGCUCCGGCUCCGGAUCCCCGCGCCGCCGCCGGCCCGGCUCCGGGGACGAGCGCAGCUGGUCGCCGAGCAAGGCGCCGCUGCUGACCUCUGGCAGCCAGUGAGUCAGGCCGGAGAGCCUGGCCUCUGGCAGUCAGUGAGAGGUGGGCCGGAGAGCCUGGUAUCUGGCAGUCAGUGAUAGGUGGGCCGGAGAGCCUGGCCUCUGGGAAUCAGUAAGGGUCAUACCUGAAAGCCUGGCCUUAUCCAGUCAGUAAGUCAAGCCAAAGAGCGGAGGUGUUCUAAGGAGUGUCAUCGGCGCGCUGAGAUUGGCGGAAGGCCCACGGCCUGGGGUACUAGGAUUACUCACUAGUCAAGGUGUGGAGGUUCGCUGCAUAAACUAGUCUGAAUCACCACUAGUCAGUAGAUCGUUUGUUCAAUAUGUUCGCUGGGCUGGACGGAUGGCUCGCCGAAGUCUGUGUAUAGCGUGAAUGUCUUACCGGAUGGAGGCCGAUCCCAGCCUAUGCAGCGUGGCCCGUCUUCAGCCACCCAGUGGUGUGUCAGCGAGUGUCAAUGUUUGAGCUUUCCCGGCAGCGCGACUGUCUCUUACUCCGUCCGAGUAGCGCUGUGAACCGCACUCUCUCCUAGAGGCAUUGAAUCUCUUAGAAGACGGAGGCGGGACCCGCGUCUAAGUGAUGGGUCUUGCAGUGCUGUACCGGUGAGUGAAUUAGGUAUGUCUCAUGUUGACAGACCAGUAUUAUAUGUUCGUCACUUCUUGACGACCCUGCUGAUCUCACGUUUGAUGAUUAGUACUCAAGUUAGCGGUAUUAACUACUGCCCCAGCCGGAAGGCUGCAGUGGCGAAUUUUACGCCACACCAUUGUGUUAAUCUGUCGGUCAUAAUUCAUAGCCAGCUGCCGUAAUUCAUCACACUCAGUUUGCCAUGUUGGCACUAAUCGGUGUAAUUAUCCGUCAGUUUGCGGUAUUAUCCGUUGGUAUGUAUGUUGAGUGUCUGUUUUGCCGCCACUGUUGUAUGCACAUGAUCUUUGUCUGACGCAUUUGUGUGGUUAAUACACAGUUGUCGAGUGUGCGA